GCAGCCGUCGAUGGGGACGGACGUGUGGCGAAGAAACGGGACGCAGCUUGCGAGUUUCAGGAGACGGGGCAACGGCAGCAAUAUGUUUCCAGCGACGGCCGCGACGUUAGUGGUGGCGCUGGUGUGCGUCAUAGCGGCUCCUGUGUCCGGCCUAGAGGGACCAAACGUGUGUGUGAGGGACGAGCCGUACACGACGACAACGAGGGUGUCUGAGCGCAAGGCCUACCAAGUGAGAGAGCACACGUGGUGCUUCAACAUCCCACCGAGGUGCUCAAAGUACAAGUUGAACUUCAAGACUGUCUACAAGACUCAAGCAAGUUUCUAUGAUAUUCAGAAGUAUUCUGUUGUUUACUUGCUCAAAAGUGUCUCCCUAGGGCAGCAUAUUAUUCGUAGCGAAUCGUGCCCAGAGGGUCACUGGGGCCCGGAUUGCCACCAGCUGUGUCAGUGCCGCAACAACGCAAGCUGCGACCCGUACAGUGGGAUGUGUCACUGUACGCAGGGCUGGCGCGGCACCUUCUGUGACGAGGAGUGCCCGCCCUCUCACUACGGCCAGGACUGCAGCGAGGAGUGCCGCUGCCAGAACGGCGGCUCCUGCCACCACAUCUCGGGUGCCUGCCACUGUGCGCCCGGCUGGACCGGCUCCCUGUCAGGUAAGGAUCUUGGAUACAGUUCUCUAGGUAGUAACAGGGAUGAACUCAUUACUCAAGGUACUCGUGCAGGUUACAAUUAA